AUCAGGCGGCCAUAUUGUGUCAUCAAUGUUGUUUUGAUUGAGCAGAUUUGCAUGUUUUAUGCAUUUUGACCACCUAAUAUACAAAGUGGUGGUUGCCACCUCAUGGCAGGGAUCAAAAGACGAUUGCUGACUUUGAACACUUAAGCAGGCAGAUUGAUUUAUUUGGCGCAGAAUCUUCUCCGGCCAGGUCAUGGCAGUGGGUCUUGGGUCAGUUUGGAGCUUGCUGCUCACUGCACUUGUGAUUCAUUUAGCAGCCCCUCUCUUUGGGAAAAGUGAAUCGACAGCUGUGGGCGAUGCUGUGUCUCAGCAGUCGAUUCAGUGUGAGAAGUAUGACCACAUGUGUGACCCGAGUCGCCAGCACUGCCCCACGGUGGAGAACUGUACGGGGCUGUCGGAAUUACCGCAGCAGUGCUACGCGUCGUGGAUGAACAACUCGGACGGAAUCAAGUUCGUCUUCAAGGGAUGCUGGGUGGGCGAUAGCUGCGUCGGUCAGAAAGAAUGCGUGUUGAAGAGCAACCGUGCAUCCGUCAAGUUCUGCUGCUGCGAGGGGAUGUUUUGUAAUCGCCACGUCAACUACAGCGUCAGUCACGUGACGACCACCACCCCAUCGACGCCGACCGUAAUUCGUAAACAAGGCGGCGCGCAGCUCAUUCGGACGGUCAUGUACUCGAUUGUCCCGCUGUUCGGGUUCGCAUUCAUCAUCGUGGUGGUCUUUUGGAUGUGGAGGCGGCACCAGCGCAGCUACAACAGUCACGAGCCUUUGCCGACGGUAGACCCGGCGAUCCCGACGACACCGAGCGAGACUGCGCUGUACCCGCUGCAGCUGAUAGAGCUUCGCGCCCGCGGCCGCUUCGGCUCGGUGUGGAAGGCGCAGCUGUGGGAGAACUACGUGGCGGUGAAGAUCUUCCCCCUGCAGGACAAGCACUCGUGGAGUGUGGAGCAGGAGAUCUAUAACCUGGCCCACAUGAAGCACGACAACAUCCUCAACUUCAUCGCCGUCGAGAAGAGGGGAGACAAUCUGAACGUCGAGCUGUGGCUCAUCACGGAGUUCCAUGAGCUCGGAUCGCUGGCCGACUACCUCAAGGGCAACACGGUCACAUGGACUGAGAUGUGCAAGAUGGCAGAGAGCAUGGCGCUUGGUCUGGCCUACCUGCACGAUGAGAUACCCGCGGGCAAGGGGAGGGAGGCCAAGCCGGCCGUUGCGCACAGGGACUUCAAAAGUAAAAACGUGUUAAUAAAAAGUGACUUGUCUGCCUGCAUUGCGGACUUUGGACUCGCACUCAAGUUCGAGCCGGGAAAAAGUCCGGGUGAGACUCAUGGCUUGGUUGGCACGCGGAGAUACAUGGCCCCCGAGAUCCUGGAGGGUGCUAUAUGUUUCAACCGUGAUGCGUUUCUCAGGAUUGAUAUGUACGCUUGCGGGCUAGUCCUGUGGGAGAUCAUGACACGCUGCUCUGCUUUGAAAGCGGAGGAGUACCAGCUUCCGUUUGAAGAGGAGAUUGGCCUGCACCCGACGCUUGAACAGAUGCAGGAUUUGGUGGUCGUGCGCAAAGUCAGACCUGCAAUUAAAGACCACUGGCUUCUGCACCCUGGCCUGAGUCUUCUCGUCUCCACGGUGGAGGAGUGCUGGGAUCAGGAUGCCGAGGCCCGAUUGUCGGCUGGCUGCGUCCAGGCUCGCAUCGCUCAGCUGGCGCGCUCCGUCAAUAUUUCUACCUCGACUAGUAACCUCAUUCAGCCUUCACAGAUCGUCGUCGUCCCCAGCGGCGAACUUCCGCCGAAAGACGCACCUUCUCUGUGAACUUACAGCACAGUCUUUCUCUCUCUUCAGCUCGACAUUUAGCAACCUUUUCACCCCCCUGUUGUUGACGUUAGACUGCUCAUUCUCUAAAUGCAGACCUGUCUUAUUAUAGGAUAGAAGGGGUGGGAGGUUGUAUGAAUGGUUAAAAACUUCAGGUCUCGUAGUCUGAGAAAAGUUGGAAACAAACCAGGUACUACCUUUUUAAAAUGCAUUUUCACUGUGUAUGCUUGAUUGUUUGCAGCAAAUAUGGUUUUAACUUCGCUCUGACUGUUGCUUGUACCAGGUCACAAAUUCAGAGUUUAAAAAAAAAAAAAAUGUUAGAGGUGUUUUAACAUUAGGUGCGAACUGGGCAUCAGUGUUGAAACAAAUUGCUUUAAUUUUACUUUUGAUUGUACAUACACAUACUGCAAUCAGUGUUUUCAUUUAAAUGUUAAAAUUCCUCAAGUUAAUUGAUUAUAUAUAUAUAUAUAUAUAUAUAUAUAUAUAUAUAUAUAUAUAUAUAUAUAUAUAUAUAUAUAUUAAAUUGUUUCUAUCUUGAUGAUUUGGGGUGGGGAACAUUUUGUUCAGUAUCAUGUGAUUUGCUACACACAUUUCAGAGAUCGUUAAUCAAUUUUAAGACAUUAACUUGUAGUUCCUAAUACAUUUUCAGAAAUUUCACCAAUCAAGAUUUUGAAAAGAAAAUAUUUCCUGUUAAGGAGUUUUACUCUUGGUAAUUUGGUGGGGGGGUGCGAUGGAAGGGUAGAUCAUGCGAAUAAAUUAUAAGUUGAAGUGUAAUUGCGACGACAAUAAAAAAAUAAGAAGACAUGCAUUAUAACAAAUCAGAAUUCAGAUUUUAAUGAAGGAUGACAAAUUUCACUACAAAAACCUGUCAAAUUUUUAAUCGUGAAAUAAUUUUAAAUAUGUUGUCAUGGACUUGCUGAAUGUUUUGGAAUAAUAGCCAAGUGCUAUUUUGAUUUUAGUUGUGUUUUUCACUUUGAAUAUUGUAGAUGGUUCUUGGUAAUUGCAAAGAAAUAUUUUAAUAUAUUUUCCUAUAAUAUGAAAUUGGCAGUGAAAUGAAAUUAAUUACAAACGUCUCGCCGUUGUACUCUAAUCUGAUUGGACGACGUCGCUUAAAAAUAAUGUUAUCCUUCGACAAACCUCUAAAAAUAAUGUUAUCCUUCGACAAACCUCUGAAAAUGAUGUUAUCCUUCUACAAACCUCUGAAAAUUAUGUUAUCCUUCGACAAACCUCUGAAAAUGAUUUUAUCCUUCGACAAACCUCUGAAAAUUAUGUCAAGCGAUGUCAUUAUAUAAAACGUCAUGGAAAGGACUUCAGAAACGUUUUUUUUGUUUUGUGUGUGUAUUUUUACCUAAAUAAAUAGUUUUUGUGUAAUUAUUACAAUUGUUUGCCAUUUUUGUGUGAAUUUAUCAAUGUAUAAGAGUCACAACGUUAGUAUAAAAUGGCUUCGCUAUGCUACGUAAUUUUAUACAAUUUGUGACUGUGAUACAUUGAUAAAUUCUCCAAACAAUUACAAACAAUUCUUAUAUAUACACUUGAAAUUAUAAUGCUAAUCAGGGUUCGAAUUUUUCAGUUUGAAUGUUGUAGAUGUUUCUUGGUAUGUGCAAAGAAACAUUUACUAUAUUUUCCCAUGAUUAUGGAAUGGCACUGAAAUGAGAAUACACUUCGAAUUAUAAUGCUAAUCAGGGAUUGAAAUUGGAUGAAAUACUGUCCGGCAGGCAACAAAUACUGCUGGUCGAAAAGAUCGCCCGGCUUGAUCUGUAUAAUGAUCUUAUGUUGUACGGGGGAAAAACAUUCGGGCUGGCUGUAUUUCAACCACUGCUAAUUAUUACCAAAUCGGUGCCAGUAUCACAUUUUAUGAUCAUAUAUUUUUUUUUAAUGUUUUAACCAGUCUAGGUUUAUUCAUUGAGUAUAUCUUACAUUGUGUUGAUAAUUGUGAAAAAAGUUUUCAUUUUUAAUACGAGUAUGAUGUCUAUGUUGUUUUAAGCUUCUCACCAUGAUGGUAUAUCAUUUUAAUUAAUGUCUUUCAUGAAAGCUUUAAAAGAUUUUAAACGUUUUACUACUUGCAGGUACGCUAUAUAUUUGGUAUAGGGCUGUAUUUUUACUGUGAUUUUUUUUUUUUUUUUUUUUAUAAAGCAGUUAAAACAAUGUUUAUGUCUUAAUCGGGCACACAAUGUUUGUGUGUGGACAUUUUAUUAUAAAUUAAUUUUAAACUGAAUGAUUGGAAACGGUGCCCAGGACUUAAAAAAUGAAAUGUAGAACAGCAUAUUGGAUAUGAAUGGUUGAUGGCUCGAGGGCAGCUAGUAUUUAUUUAUAGGAUAUUAAACGAGCUUCCAUUUUGAAUCGUGUUUAUGUCCUGAGUAAAAUAAUUUUCAGUUGUCACGAGCUUUAGCGAGUGACAAAUGAACAUUAUUUCACUAGGAGCAUACACAUGAUACAAAAUGGUAGCGAGUUUAAUAUCCUAUAUAUUACCCGUAAUCAUUUUCAGUUUAUAUUCAAUGAACCUGUUUGAUUAACGUUCCAGUAUGGUUGUAGUGUGCCCUAUACAUGGACGUCAUCUUAUGACAUCGGUGUGUUGGGUCCCACUUGGCAUCUAGUGGGACGUGUGGGUUUGAUACGAACCGAGAUAUUUUUAACCGUCUGGGUAAUAAUGUCCAAUAUUAAAUGGCUGGUACCUAUAGACUCUGUGCGUGUUGUAGUGCUUGUGUCAGUUUGUGUUUGUAAGGAUGUAGCCGUAGGGCAGGCAUGUGCAGCGGUAUUUCUGUGAAUGAUAAAAUGACUCUUGGAACAAGUCAUUUCGAAGGGCCAAUUAUUUGUCAGGUCAAGUUGGAAUUGAGAAGGCAGUAGUCAUAUAGUUUGGUUUUUGUACCUCAUUGUCAGGGUUUAGGCAGCACAGGAAAUAAUAAUUUGUCAAAUAAAGUGUCACAGAAUAAAGUCUCAUUAAGGAUGUUAAUUCUCAAAUUUUUGGCAGAAAUUGUUACAGAAAUUAAUUUGAUAUGCUGUGUUCAUUUGUCUGUCUUGUCUGUUUUAUCUGUGGUGUGUCUUUGCAGGUGCAAAGCUAAGAUCAAAUUGCAUUGUCAUGUAGGCUCCAUAAAAACUUAACCAGACUUUCAUACCUUGAAUAAAUUUAGUAUUUUGUGACGAGGGCGAAAGAAGUAGACUUGUACAUAGCUGUAUAUACGAUAUAUAGUAGUUAUUUCACCAAAACAAUGCAAGGUGGGUAGUUGGAUAGUGUUGCAAGUAUAAUCUGUUGUGUAAUUGGUUCUUCUGUACAGAUAUUUAAGCAAAACUGGCACGCCGAGAUAGUGCAUAACGUUUUCUUGUGGCAGCAGAACUGGUUUUCUCUGUAUAUGCAUGUAAUAAAUGUACACUGAAAUUGCAUUAGAAAAUCACACCAAACUUUUUAAUUGGCAUUUAUCACUGAAUAAACUGCGAAUUCAGCAGUAUAUUACGUGCUUCUGUGAAUCACUGAUUUGGGUUAGGAAGGGUUAGAUUAUGAGAUGGAGGCCCAAAGUAUCUAGAUUACUCCAUUUUUUACAGUUCUGGUUGAUGGAAGGAAGGAAAUGUUUUAUUUAACGAUGCACUCGACACAUUUUAUUUACGGUUAUAUAGCAAUGGACUUGUGGAUGAGGAUCACACAGAGGAAACCCAUUGUCGCCACUUCAUGGGCUACUCUUUUUGAUUAGCAGCAAGGGAUCUUUUAUAUGCACCAUCCCACAGACAGGAUAGUACAUACCAUGGCCUUUGUUAAACCAGUUGUGGAGCACUGGCUGGAACGAGAAAUAGCCCAAUGGGCCCACUGACGGGAAUUGAUCCUAGAUCGAUCAUGCAUCAGGCGAGCGCUGUACCACUGAGCUACGUCUCGCCCCGUCAGCGUUCUGGUGGCAUCCUAAAAACAAGUCCCAAUUUCAGUGCCUGCUGAGCAAUAUGCAUCUAAUAAUGGGACGUUAUGGCUUGUGAGAUGGUGGGCUCUUUUUCCUUUUGAAAUCUUUGCUCUGCAUAGCGCGAAAUUGGAUUGGCAUCUAAAGGAGGCCACUUUUUAAAGGGACAUUCCUGAGUUUGCUGCAAUUGUUAAGAUGUUAUCGACUAACAGAGACUUUAAUAACUGUACACAUAAAAUAUUUUUUCUGCAUGAAAUAUUAGUGGCUGGAUAUUAAAC